CGAGCACGGAGCGUCUUUCCGUUCCGGCUCUGCUCUGCGCCAGUCGAGAGCGUCUCCGAAGAACUCUGCUGUUCUGUUCGUCAAUGGCGGCAACGGCCGCUAACAGUUCAUCUCCCUCUGUUCGUUGCUCGCUACUCCCCCACAGACCCAUCCCAUCUCGACCUUCCUUCUUCAAGCCCAUUUCUUCCGUCAACACGAACCGUAGCAUCGGCUUCUCCGGGUUGAGCUCGUCACCUAGUCCUACAGCUAUCCCGCUGCAGAGGUGGGGUUGCUUUCCAACUUUAGCUAGAGAGGGGAAGCUGAGACUUCGGAUGCCGGCAGUUUCUGGGUCGUUGGGGGGCAAUGAGGAUGAGACCGACCAGGAAGCGGCAGUGACAGAUACCGAGUCGGGUGCAACUAUUGACUUGAAGCUGCCGAGAAGAAGAUUGCUGGUGCAGUUCACAUGUAAUGAAUGUGGUGAAAGAACGAACAGGCUCGUGAACCGAUUAGCCUAUGAACGAGGUCUCGUCUUUGUACAAUGCGCAGGUUGUCUUCGGCAUCAUAAGUUAGUCGACAAUCUUGGGCUGAUUGUGGAGUACGACUUGCGAGAAGAAACUAACGUGAAGUUCGAUAAGGAUGAAGAUACAGUUUCCUGAGAUGUAUGUAGCUCGCAUUAAAAAGAAAAAUGAAAUGGAACUUUCCUGUUCUUUCAAGAAUUUCCGAAGCCUGGAGGAUUACCUUUUUCGUUUUAUUCUAUUCCAUAUAUGUGAUUCGUUGGCAACAUCUUAUAUUUGCAA